UAUGCUAUGUUCCUGGCGCUUGAGGCUCGGCUAUCUGAUCAUGCAUGGCUCCCAGAACAUUCAAAAUGUCCGUCCUCUCAUAUAUUUAUGGCCAGGCAGCUUUGCUAGCCUCCUGGCCCGUUUCAGACGACGAUAUGAACUUGAUCAUUCUCUUGUACUAUACUCCUUGCCUAAUUCAGCUGACGUCGUGACUGAGAGCUCAACAUCAUCAUCAACAGCAGCAAUAUCAUCAUUGAUGUAAGCAAAUCUGUUACCCCCAUCCUCCUGGCCCCAAACAUUGGUACGUGACGCUCGUUGAAACCAUUGGCAAUGAUCCUCUGGAUCCCUGGGUCUGGCUAAUCAAUCCCGUUGAAACCUCAAGAAGUUGAGUUGCGCUAUUUAUUACUCGCUAUUUGGACACACCCUCGAAGAAAGGCAAUCUGCUGCCUUCUGAUUGUGUUUUCCUCUGGCCCAUGCAUGAUACGGUUAUCCUCAGGCUGGGAGCCCCAGUGACACGCACCUGAGGGUGCCAAUGGAGGUCCAAUGAUCAACAUGAGAGACUCGUCUCCAACCACAUCUUGAAUUACCAUGCCGUUGAACCAUACGGAACUCAACUCUUCCACUUCGUCAUCUAGUUUUCUAGCGGUACCUACCAAUACCACUACAUCCUCAUCCUCAAGCAUAACAACGGCGGUCAGGGCGCCAAGGUGUUCCUCGACCACACCUUUGUCUUCAUCUGUCUCAGCAUCGUCUUCGUCAUUUUCGUCCGCCAAUGUGGAGGACAGAAAAUCCAAGUUGUGGAGAAAGACUUCUUUCGCUGCCAAGUUGAAACCCAAGAAGAAAGUGGGGUCCAAUUCUUCAGCUUCCAUUGGUCCGGCCGAUCCGUUGCAAGCAUUGGCUAUCAAGACGUUGUUGGCAGAUUCCAGUCGGCAAGUGGCCUUGUCCAAGGCCCAGGGACAUUCGGCCUUUCAAAAGCCCAAGCAGCAAAUAAACAAACGAUUUCUUCAUAACACGAUGAUCGCCACUUUGAGUCAGAAUAAGAGGAAUCGAACCCUCACCAACCCGAUGAUGAAACAUUGA